GACGCGCGCAUUACCCACCACAGGCCCCCUUUUCCACCUCGUUCCUCGUCGUCGCUCCUCUCCGCUCGUUCGGUCGACAUGCCUCCCUUCGCCAAAUACCGCAGUCUGAUGGCCGCUGGCGGAGGAUUCCUGGGCGGGUUCGGCAUCGGUAGCCUAGUGCCGGACAACUUGCGAGUACUGGUGGGCGCCGGCGAGCGGCAGUCGGAGAGCGCGCCCAGCUGGCAGUGGGAGCGCAACUGGGACAAGCUCGAGCCGGCGGCGCAGGCCCCGUCGGCCGAGAGCGGCGCCGCCAAGGGCGACCGGAAGAAAGCGCGGGCGGUCAACCACGUAAUACUGGUGAGGCACGGCCAGUACAACACCCGCGGCAAGAGCGACGCGGACAAGUCGCUGACGGACCUGGGCCGGCUGCAGGCCGAGGUCACGGGCAUGCGGCUGGCCGAGCUCGACCUGCCCUACACGAGCAUCGUCAAGUCGACGAUGACCAGAGCCCAGCAGACCUCGGCGCUGAUCGAGGCGCAGCUGCCGGGCGUGCCGGUGUCCAGCGACCCGUUGCUGGUGGAGGGCUUCCCUGUGGCGCCCGACCCGCCGCUCGGCCACGUGAACAAGCCCGACCGAGUGGCCCACCAGGACGGGCCGCGCAUCGAGGCGGCCUUCCGCAAGUACGUGCACCGCGCCGAGCCGCACGAGCACGAGGACCGCUACUCGGUGCUCGUCUGCCACGCCAACGUCAUCCGCUACUUCGUCUGCCGGGCGCUGCAGUUCCCGCCGCAGGCUUGGCUGCGGCUGUCGCUCAACCACGCCAGCAUCACCUGGAUAUCCGUGACGCCCAGCGGCCGCGUGAUCUUGCGCUGCUACGGCGAGACCGGCCACAUGCUGCCCCAGUGGAUAUCGUCCAAAUGAGGCCUCGUCCCUCGUCCGCGGCCGCCUUCCGCCGGCGCCCGCCGCCGCCCGCCGCCCGCCGCCGCCACCACCCUCGGUUGCGCCGGCCGCUUCCACUCGCUGUAAUGUUCUCAGCAAUAAAUGCCACUGA